GAACAAAAAACAACACACUUUACAUUUAAUCUUGAAAUAGACAGACAAUUAUCAAAUUUAGUUGUUAACAGUAACAAAUUGUAAUAAAUAAGCUAAAGUAGUGUUUUGUAAAUUAAAACUUUUCCAAAAAUUCUUCCAAACAGCUUUUAAUAUGGCGUCUAAUCAUGAAACCUACAUAGAAAAAUACUUAAUACCAGAAAUUGUAUCGCAAUUAGAUAAUGAAGAAUUGAUUUCGUUUAAAGCGGAAAAUUCUGGAGGCUUAGAUGGUUUUAUGUCCACAUUGUAUAAUAUACAGCUGAAAACUAAAAGCGAUAAGGGCGAUAAGGAACGUUUGUUAAUAGCCAAAUUUAUGCGUGGCGAUGUGGCCUUUAGAGAAUCCAGCAAAUCCUAUAUACAAUUUGCCAAUGAGAUCUAUAUAUAUGGCACGGUUUUGCCUUAUUAUGAGAAAUUUUUAAAGGAUAUGAAAAUUACUUCCAUAAAUAUCAUGGAUUUAGUGCCUCCCACUUAUAUAGCCAAGUUUGGUUAUAUAGAGGGUUUAAGCUCUUCCCCUAAUGAAAGAGAGGCUUCUUUGGUCAUGGAAAAUCUUAAGCCCUUAGGCUAUCAGCUGGGUCCUAGACUAGUGCUUAAUCGUGAUCAUCUGCUAGCCAUGUGCAAACCUUUGGGUCAAUAUCAUGCCAUGUCCUAUGCCUUAAGAGCCUUAAACAAUAGCCAAAUGGAGCGUUUGAAGUCAGGCAUUAUAACGUUGCCCUUUAUCAAUGACAAUGAUCCUAAUGAUGCCAAUAAUAAUCUUUAUCGUGUGUUAUAUCGCUGUGCCUUUGAUCGUUUGUUUGAAUUUUAUGAGCGUAAAUUGGAGACUAGUACGUUUGAUAGGAAAUCUACCAAGGAUUUAAAACUUAUUGAAUGUUUGCAUAAACUAAAGCACAAAUACUUUGAGGAGCCAACACGUCUAAUGGAAAAACUAAGAACCAAGCUGGAGGAUAAUGAUUUGGAUCGAUAUUUUGGCGCUAUUUUGCAUGGUGACUACAAUCGUAACAAUGUUUUGUUUAAAUACAAAGCUUCUAAGGAAGGCAAGGGUGAAGAGGAGAAAUUAGUGGAAGAUAUGAAAAUGAUAGAUUUUCAGGAACUGCGCUAUGGCUCUCCUUGUUUGGAUUUGUCUUUCUUUAUGUAUUUCAAUACUGCCGAAGAGGAGAGAUAUGAAAUCUGGGGUAAUUUAUUAAAAGCCUAUCAUACUUGCAUGUUUAAUACCUUGUCGACAAUAUUAAAAGCUUCCCAGAAAUCCAAACAUGAUAUAGCGGAAAUUUUACAUCAUUAUAGUUUUGAGAAAUUUCAAACACAUUUUUCCCGUUUCGCUUUUUAUGGUUGCAUGAUUUGUUUACAUUUUCUUCCUUGGAUAUUGUGCACGGAGGAGGAAUGUAGCCGUCUUUCCCAAACAUUUGAAACGGAUUUAUAUGGUGAAGAGUUUCGUAAGCUGUCUUUGGAGGCGGGCGGAGAUGAGGUGACCAUGCGUAUGCUGACGGUGAUUAGACAUGCCUGUGAAAUGGGCUAUAUGGAUGAUUUGUAACAUGAUUUGGGUUUAGAGUUAUUUUUAAUUUAGUAAAUUGAUUUUAUUAUUUUUUAUUUUUUUUGGGUAAAUUGGUUUUUAUUGAAUAAAUAUGAAUUUAAAAUAUAAA